GGAUUAACUUGCCUUCCUCGUUCCCUGUUCCCCCUGGAGUCGCGUUCUCGAUCUAUAAUAAUAGGCCCAAAGGAGAAAGCGAUAAGAGACCGAGGAAGAGGGUGUGCGUGAAGAUUCGUGCUCGGAGGAUUUUUUCGGCCAUGGAGAAAGGCCUGAAGCUCUUCGGGGUGAGGAUCAUGCGCGAAGGGGGAGCCGGGGAGUUGGAGUUGGAGUUGGAGGAGGAGGAGGUGAUGCGGAAGAGCUCCAGCAUGGGGAAUUUGGCCUCCUGCACUGGGGGACCGGCCGGCGAUCACGUUAGCGGCGAGCAAGGUUACCUCUCCGACGGUGGCCUCCACCAAUCCUCGAGGACGAGAAGAAGGCACGAGCGGAAAAGAGGAGUACCGUGGACAGAAGAAGAGCACAGAACAUUUUUGGCUGGACUGGAAAAGCUCGGGAAGGGAGAUUGGAGGGGAAUUUCACGGAAUUUUGUGACCACUAGAACCCCGACCCAAGUAGCCAGUCAUGCGCAGAAGUAUUUCCUUAGACAGAACAAUCCUGGUAAAAAGAAGCGCCGAUCCAGCCUCUUCGACAUGGUGAUCAAUGAAGAAGCUGCGGUCCCUGAAACAGCUUCAGCAUUAUCUCCGAAGAAGCCUCCUCGUGAACCCAAGGAAGAAACGAAUAAUCUAAGCCUGGAGGAACAUAUGGUGGGAGCCCCAGCUGUUGUUACCACCCCAGUGGCAUCUCGAGGUUUCGAGGCUUCCUCAGUCUCACCAAUGAUGACAAGCCAUGGUAGCAUUACCAACUUCUGCGGUGCCAAUCUCAUGGUUGAAAUCUCAGGCCGCAGUGUUGGAGAACAGGUCAUGCCAACCUUAUCCCUCAUCUCACCACUCAAUGUUCCAGACCAGGUGGCUACAGUGUUGCAAGCCAGCACAACAUGUGCCCCAAAUCUUCUCAAAUUGUCCUUGCCUCAUCCUCCAUCUUCUGCCACAACUUCGUUGGUUGAAAGCAGCGAUUUGGAGCUCAGCAUUGCACCACCUCGGCCACACAGUCUAGCUAAAUUAUCCUCUCAGGGUGUGGCUGGGGCUAUUAGAGUAGUCUGAUCGGUUUUGGAUUAUUUCUUUAUGUUUGUAACUCUGAGACUUGUUCAGCGGUAAAUGGAUAGUUUUAAAAAAUAGGCAGAUUUCCUUUUGCUAAUACUUCUGGAAAACAUGGUAAAUGUCAAGGAUUUGUUUGUCUUCAUAUUUUGGAGGUGAAGCAAUAAAAGAGGGAGGAAAGGUGGACGCUGUC